GCACAUGGUCAGUGUAGCGGCGAAAGCUGUUGUCAAUACAGAAUGUCUCGCGUUCUGUAUUCUUGCCUUGCAUCAGUGCUGAUGGCACAACAAAAGACAUGCUAAACUGUGAAUUGGUGCUUGGGUGAGGUUGUACUCGCCAGAGAAAAAUCAUUGGCAGUGGAAGACGUUAUUUCCCACGGUAUCUGAAGGCAGGAGGCGAACUGGCAGGAGACACUUCAAGGAAGCGCUGACAUUUCGUCCUUCCACAUACAUUCACUCACUUCAGGAGAGGUUCAUCCAGUAAAGAGUUCACACGUUUAGCUUUACACUGAGUGUGACCUCUGCCAAGUUCAUGGUGGCGACGCGACAUGGGAUAGCGACUCCGCAAUGCUAGCUGAUAACGCCGAUCGAUACCCGAUGCAACCUGACGUCGCCUAUGCUCGCGUACGGUGAAGCAGCAGGCUAACCCUGCGGUGAAUGUGAGAGAUGGGCGAUGAUCGCUCGAACCUAGUGCUGCCACGGGGUGGCGUGGUGGCGCCACCGUGCGGCAACGUUAACCGCGCAUUCGCGUGCGACGACGACGACAAGGAUGACAGACUAGUUUCACCGACGAAUGGUACACGUAUCCUGAUUGGUUCGCCGCAGCUCGGCGACAGCGGCAAUGCUAAUGGUUGCAGGAAGCAGGUGAGGAGUGCAAUUGUACUGCGUGAAUCCUCGAAAACCGAUGCACGCCGUGGUGACGCAGCAUCCGCGCACGCAGCAUCCGCGCACGCGGCUGGCCGGAGUGCGGACGCGUCGGCCAGGAAACCCACCGGAGACAUCAACGUCGUCAUCAUCCGCAAGCAGGAACGCGGCGAUCGUGUCGAUGAUGCAACCGCGUCCGGCGCUAAUGGCGUGGGCGUGUCACGCGGUGCGUUGUCGUCCGCUGCUCGCACUAAUGCUGCCGCUCGCCCGUCCUGCCGGGACAACGGCACCCACUUACCUGCGGCGAGAGGAAGUGUCGCGUUAUCCCACGGGAGCACUCAGGAGAGGUGUGGUUCCGGAUCUUCGGCGGGACGGUGCGGCGGGGCGCGACCGAGCUCAGUGUCGGCGGAGGCUGCAACGGUCGUGGCCACCUUUGUCACGGCACCCGAGAUCACGCUGAACGUAGGUGGCAGCACUGAGGUGACGACAGAGUUCGUCGGCGGUAACGGACCCUCGAACACGUGCGUAACGUCUAGUCAGGAGAGGAGAGAGAGGGCGCCGGUGGUCGCCGGUAGGAGCAGGUCAGAGCGGGGCGGCAAGCCCGGGCAUGGCGUGCGGGCAGAGUGCAGAGUCGCACCCGAGCGCGAGUCGACCGCCAGUGAGACUCGCCGCGACACGGCAGAGCAAGCGCAGGCAGAUGGCGCCACGUGUCGGGCGGCGGUCGACACCCGCAUCUCCUUGUACAGCAGCACAGACACGCUUUCGACGACUUGCAGCAAUGCAGCGCCGACCCCCGAUGGUCCCCGCGACCCCGUCGCCACCGCCGCCACCGCCGCCGAAGAAGAGGGCGCCGCUGGAGCUAACGCCGACACCAGCACGGCGAAUGGCGGAGGGGACGAGGCAGGUGACACGACAGCUGCGGGUGAGAACAGUGGGCAGGUGGCCUGGCAAAAUCCGUACCAGACUCAGAUAACGAUAGAGAACCCACACGCUCUGUCUGCAAGCACGGGCAUUGUGCUGCGUCCUCUAUACAGCCCGACGGAGCUUCCUGACAUCCUGCAUGCACACAUCAACACGGACCAGAACGGCUGGCGAGAAGGAGAGCGCAGCACGGUGCCAUGCUUGACGCAGCCCAGGUAUGAGAGCAGACGAACGCGCACCGCCCCCCGGCUGAGGUGCUACGGAGCUGACACGGCCUUUGAUGACAUGGAGCCAAAAGGCUGUUGCGGCAUGGCAAUGAAUCAAACUAUAGGAAUUCGGUGGUUUGUGGUCUUCGUUGGGAUGGUCGGUCUGACCUGUGUUGUCAUCGGCAUCAUUCUUGGUAUUCUUGGUGGACUGAAGGUCGCUGGCUCGGACUUUGUCACGAUCUCCCUGCUACUUAUCGGUGUUGGCAUGGUUCUGACUACCGUGAGUGGAGUCGCAUGGCGCAUCACCUCUCCAAAUACUCCCAACUGCUCUUGGCUUCUGGGGUUCCGUAACCACAGCAACGGCCCAAACAAUGACGUGUUCGCGCCACGCAACUCUCAGACGUAUGGAGGCCGGGGAGCGCACCCUUAUUCUGCUAUGCUGUACCCGGAGUUCCAGUUCCGACAACCCCCACCGUCCUACCAGGCAUCGAUGCAAGACUACCGGCUGAGACUUCUGUGGGAGAGAUCAACGCCAGAGACAACUACCGCACCACAGUACUCUCCCCCACCUACCUACAGGUCAAAUGCAGGUACAAUGAGACCUAUGCUCGACAUUCCAGCUCGUAGCAACAGGAACCCAUCACUACCUCCCAGCUACAGGUCGCAGGAGAGCAUGCUGGGAUUACCGCCGUACAGACCACGGCCUACGAUCAGCAGCUCACAGGUGCUGCCAGGCCAGCCAACACCACCGUCACUCCCACCCAAUGCUAACUCCACACGGGCAAGCUCAAACCCGCCAGAGAUCGCUGUUAUCAGUGCAGAGACGGCUCGCAGCUCCGUGAGUACGGUGGCACAAGUUCACAGCAGUCCCAGCCCACAGAUGGAGCCACAGGCUGAGGUGCCAGCUAGCAGCAACUCGUCUGCGCAGCCGUUGAAUAUGCCAUCACCACAGACUCACGGUGGCGUGCCAUCACCACAGACUCACGGUGGCGUGCCAUCAGCUCAAACUCACAGUGGUGUGUCAUCACCACAGGCUAAUGUGCCAUCAGUACACGCGCAGGCUGCUACACCACACAGACAGAAGCACAAGUGCAGGCGGCCGCACGCUCCCAGCAUUCCCAGCAUCUCGGCGACCGUUUCAGACGACAUCCUGCAGGCGGUGACCCCGCGCACGACCCCGAACCCGCACCGGCCCGUCACCGACGCCCGCCCGCGGGCCACGCAGCAGGCCGUGACCCUCAUGACGAUCUCACGCACCAGGUGUCAGCCGACGACGACGACGACGACCCAGCACCCCGCGCACGCCCCGGUAGCUGCUGCGCCUCAGUCGGACGUCGCUCGCUGCGGGGGCGCGACGUCGACCCACGGGGGUCAGGUCGCCGGCGUACAGUCACUUCGGCGCGUCCACGCCUCCUCUCCGCGAGCGAACGCGCACGGGGCGUCCGCGGCGAGCGAACAUCGGCGGCACAGUACGGGACGCUCUGUCCAGGAACGGCAACGCGACGUUCCGGUAGCUUCCCUGUCGGACGCGGCUCUCCAGUGCAGCGUGGAAGACGUGAGGAACGGUGGCAACCAGCCGCAGAGGGGCAGCGUGAGCACCGGUGUGGCGAACCCACACUGGUCACGUGAUCAGGUUGCAGAAGCGAGAGUAGCACAGCCGACGAUGGCCAGCUCACACACCAAUCACACUAGUCUGCACGCGAACGGUGGCCUACAGCGAGUAGACACCCUCGGUGCAUGUGGCGCGGUCACGCAGCUAUAGCCUGCAACGUAAUGCUUAGCCCUGUACUUGACCCGGGUUUCUCUGUUGAAAAGCAGCUGUUGUGUGAACAGAAAGAAAGCAUGGCUUCAAGGAUCAGCUAUAUAUUUAAAGCAGCGUUCAGUGAUAUUGUAAUGUUUUUAAGAAUCUUUUUAUAGCGCUGGUUCAUCGAUGUACCUCUUUUAGUAGUGUUUGUGGAGCAUUCUGUACUGUAACCUUGUAAGUGGUACUUAAUGAAUGGAUUUGUGUGUGGUCUAGUUGUAUCGUCUGUUUUAGUGCAUUAUUAUUAUUUAUUAUACGUGUUAUUUGUCGCAAAUCAAGUCUUCCAUGAGUUUUGUACAAACGGACGUUAUUGUAUGGGUGAAACCAUGCACAGAAGUCGGCUGCGGUGAGUGACGAGCGAAACCGCGAUGGUGCUGCUCACAGCAACGUGUGUGUUUGUAGUAUCAUAGGUAUAUGUGUUCAGUGAGAUUUGUACAGUGAUCAACAUGAAUCUUGUGAAAAUCGGUUGUUAAAUUCUUGCUGAUUCUGCAAAAACCAUUUCGAAUUGUACAUCUCUGUGAAUGAGAGGAAAAGAAUGAGAGAUCAGGUAGGUCUGUGUGUAUUGUUAUAUGUAUGUGCAUAUGAUCGUUACAAAUCAAAUGUGAGAUAUUUUUUUGUACGGCUGCUGUGUAAGUAACAGUCCAUGCAUGAAACAUAAAUUUAAGCUUCAGUAUCGUGAGUGUAGAUUGCAUGAAGUAGAUACUUGUGUAAAUACAGCCCUCGCUUAAUACACUAGUUGAUCAUUACUCGUUUUCCAGCCAACACAAUAGAGAACCUGUCCACUGUGGUUUACGAUUUACGUAAUUCACUAAUUUCGAAAUAUAUAUGUUCAGAUAUCUGAAUUCGCUACAUGUAAGCAACACAGCUAGUGCCAACGUUCAACAAGGACAACAUUUUAGAUUGUGCUUAUGCUAUAGAUUGAAUUCUUAACAUUUAUACAAAACUACAAAGUUAUGAAAAUAAAUUCAGUGGUAUAGUAAGUAUAUUGGGAUAAAA